GGAAGUACUUGUUCACGAUAUAGCUGAACUAUUUGCUUAGUUCCGGUCUCUAUCGUAUCGGCCGCUGGGGAAGAUGACGAAGGGAACAUCGUCAUUCGGAAAGCGCCGGAACAAGACACACACUUUGUGUCGUCGCUGUGGAUCAAAGGCCUAUCAUCUGCAAAAAUCCACCUGUGGCAAGUGUGGAUACCCAGCAAAGCGCAAGAGAAAGUAUAACUGGAGCGCCAAAGCCAAGAGACGCAACACCACUGGUACUGGCCGUAUGAGACAUCUGAAGGUUGUGUACAGGAGGUUCAGAAAUGGAUUCCGUGAAGGAACAACACCGAAACCCAAAAGAGCUGCAGUUGCAGCCUCCAGCUCCUCUUAAGAUCAGAUAUUUGUUCAAAUAAAAUAAAGUAAUCAAAAAGA